AUGAAUACGGAACAGUUUGCACUGUAUUUGACCAAAAAGUUGUCACUUGAAGGCAACAAAUGGGUUGUGUUCGGGGGCUCGUAUGCGGGUAACCUCGCGGCCUGGUUUAGAGAGAAGUACCCAAAUAUAGCUAUUGGUGCCAUAGCGUCGAGCGCACCCGUCAACCUUGUAGUCAACUUUAAAAACUAUUUAGGAGUCAUUAUUGAAGUGUUGGGAAAGGAAUGCUCCGAUAAUAUCAGGAAAGCAUACAUGGAAAUGGAAAAUCUCCUGAAAACACCGGAAGGAGUGAUAAAAUUACGCAAAAUAUUGAAUUUGUGCGACAAUUUUGACGGCAAAACUGUCAACGAUAACCGUUGGUUAGCCGAGGAAAUGAUGUGGGAUAUCGCGGUUGCGGUUCAGAGCAACUCAAAUAUAAGCGGUGUUAUUAACACAAUGAACAACCCCUCAGGCGGGACACCACUGGAACGGUAUGCGAAACUACAGACAUGGACUUACAUUAACGACUCGUUUACCUGUAAUUACGUUAAUUAUACUCAAAUUGCAAUACUCAAAAAUACAACUAUUAAUCCACACAAAAUAGGAAGACAGUGGAUGUAUCAGACGUGUACUGAAUUUGGUUACUUCCAGACCAGUGAUGCCCUGGACUAUGCUUUUGGUCACUACUUUCCCGUUGAAUAUUAUGCUCAACAAUGUGCCGAUAUUUUUGGCCCGCAAUUCACGCUUCAAAGCAUACAGAAAGCGGUCGACCGGACGAAUGCCUAUUACGGCGGUCUAAAGCCAAACGUAACAAACGUGGUGUUCCCCAACGGGUCACUCGACCCCUGGCACUCACUCGGUAUCCUUAAAGACCUCAAUAAUAGCACUAAAGCUGUGAUGAUUGAGAACUACUCUCAUGUUCAAGAUAUGUGGGCCUCGAGUCCAUCGGAUACCCAGAGUUUGAAAAACGCCCACAAAUUGAUUGAACAGCAAAUUGGAGAAUAUUUGAAAUAA